AUGAAUGGAGAUCCCGUUGCGUCCUCUCCUACGCCAAGAUGCGCUGGCCGAAAAACCUCAACCUCCUCUCUCUGGUCGACGACGUUCGCCUCAUCGAAGAAGUCACCGCCAACCGCCUCGCCAGAGAAGCCGCCUCCUCCGCCGCCACCGUGCGCUGAAAGAAUCACAAACCUCCUUCCUCCUCCUCCGUCGUCCAUCUCAAGAUCUGAAUCACUCGUUAUAAUGUGGGUCAGGUCUCGGUCUCGCUUUGGCAGUGUCGUUUGGCGCUACCUCACUGCAACUUUCCUGUAGAGGCAACGUUUUUUUCCUUUUAUUUUUAAACACAAUAAUAAAAAUCUAUAAUUACUAUA